AUGUGUUCCAUCAGUCUACUCUUGUUUGCUCUCGCUUUUACAUGCACCCUCGUCUCGGCCGUUCCUUAUCCCGUCUUACCCUCAUUCACUACUUUCACCAAAGUCGCAAAUCAACCCAUCGCUGACAGAAUCGAAACUGUAGCCGUCAAGGUUCCAUGUCUUGACUGCCCGGUAUACGAAGAUGACGUGGCCCUGGACUUCGAGCUUCGAUACCCUCGCCUCAACUCAUCGACAAAUCUUUGCGAUGUCAACUUUACACUAAACGGAGCACCCAUCGUCCUCGACAGCAAAGACAUCAGGAAAUCUUUGAGUGUGUCUGUACUUACCAAACGCUACCUAGUUGAGCUUUCUGUUGAUGGACUUUGCAACCCCGUCACUGACUCUGGAUCCAACAAUCGGGCUCUUUACUUCAACGUCACCAGUGUCGCUCGGCAACACCUCAUCACCCCUGCCACGUUCACUGUCUUCCUCGAUCAGUCCGAGUCACCCCAAAUUUUCAUUGAUUCAGAGAUCGACGAAGAAGCCGAGUGCACUUCAGCAUUGAAGAGCGUAAUCAACGAGAAUUCUUCUAUCCUCUUCAACGUUGAAGCCAUCCCAACCGACGAUGAACUCAAGUCAUCGACUUAUAUUGAUAACCUCGAGCGAGUCUAUCGCCAUCGCCUGUACGAACAGGCGACCAGACUUGAGAGACUGAACAAACGCUGUCGCAAAGACUUGAGUCAGAGUCUAGCUGACUGUCACAAGGACCUUGGUUGCAUGAGCAAAGUGAUGUGCCAGAGGAUUCACGACACUACCUACGCAAAGAUCAAGGAAAUUCAAGCAGCCCUUCAGGACUCUAUCAUGAUCAGUAAAGACCGACACGAUCAGUAUGUCGCCGCCGAUGAGAAGGAUAAUUGGAGCUUCAACGUUAGCUCUGUAGACAAUCUGCUUGCCGACAUCAACAAUGGAAACUCAAACAAGUACGAGAACGACUCACAACAUCCUCUAGUACUUGCUCUGGAGAUUCUGGCAGCAGCGAUUGGUCUCACCGCUCUCUGUGCAUUCAUUCGCAAACGUUUCUGUUCCCUGCGUCGCCGUGUUGAACGUCUUUCAGACAGGGAAGAGCGACGACGUGCUCGUCAAUUCCGUUGUCUUGCACGAAAGGAAGCCCUCAACAAGAAAUGGAUGUCUUUCAAGCAAGUCUUCAAGCGCUCACCCCGUAAUGGAGAUUACGAGGAGAAGCGUGCACUAGUCAUCGAAGCCGCCGGUAACGUGGUAGACGACUACGCCGAAGGAUGUUCGCACCAAACCAACGAUCUGGAAAUGGGCCACGCGUUCGGAGAUCUCAGAAAUGCUCGCGAGUUUGUAGCUAGUCUCGUCCACAUCGGCAGAGCGCGGAAAGCCUCAAAUGCCGGAUCUGGACACACCACAUUACCUGAAUAUACCUCGGAGAAACUGCCUGAUUACACAUCUACACCCGACAGUGGUGAAUACGCACCUUCGAUCGCUAGCUCGAAUUCGGCGAAUACUGGCAUCACACCGGAUAGCAGCAUCGUCAUGAGUCCUAGAUGCAGUCGCGAGACUUUACGCACCGGCACUGACUUCAGCUCCGAUUAA